GGCUCUCAAAAGCACAACAUACAUAUCUCUCAAACAAACAACACAAGAAUAUAGAGACAUAGAACAACUCAAAAGAAGAAGAAUUAAGGCAAAAUAAUAAUAAUAAUAAUGGCUUCUACUUCUUCAAUAGUUUCAAUGGCAAUGCCACUAACUUACACAACUCAAAACAAACAAUCAAUUGUUGAAGCUCUUUUCAAGCCAUUGCCAAUUAAGCCUUCAAAACAAAUUACAACUUCAAAAAAGUUUGUAGUCAUCAAGGCCACUUCAAUUAAGGAAAAGGCAAUUGUAGGGUUGACAACAGGUGUACUCACAGCAUCAAUGGUUGUACCUGAUGUAGCACAAGCUGCUGAGGGUUUGUCACCAUCACUCAAGAACUUCUUGCUUAGCAUUGUGUCUGGUGGAGUUGUGCUUGGUGCUAUUAUUGGUGCUAUUAUUGGUGUCUCCAAUUUUGAUCCUGUUAAGAGGGGUUAAUUUUGUGUUUUUUUUUUCUUUCUAUAUAAAUGAUAAUUGUUUGGUUUUCAAGUAUGAUUUUGUGUAUGUUUAAUUCAAUUUAGCUUAUUUUUUGGUA